AUGGCGCGGCCCUCCAACGACCGUAUCGAUUUCGAUCUUAUCGAGAAUCAGAAAGAAAACAUUCAAUCGCUGCCCAGUGGAAGGUCUGCAAAAGCGCUAGCAGCAGUCUUUUCUCCUCGACCCUUGGACCAGAGCUCACGCUCGUCGGAGCUAGACGAAACGAGGACGCUGAAUGAUGCGGUUCGACGGGAAUAUGAAGCUGAGCUGGAGUCCAUCGCAGAAUCAGAUGACCCUCUCGAUAUUUACGACCGAUAUGUGAAAUGGACACUGGACGCAUAUCCUUCUGCCCAAGCAACGUCGCAAUCAGGGCUGCUCCCACUUCUAGAACGCGCAACCAAUGCGUUUCUAAGCUCAACACAUUAUAAGAACGAUCCAAGAUAUUUACGGCUCUGGCUACAUUAUAUACAACUUUUCUCUGAUUCUCCAAGGGAGACGUUUGCAUUUUUAGCGAGGCACGGUGUUGGUGCGCAGCUGGCGCUGUUUUACGAAGAAUUUGCCUCGUGGUUAGAGCGGGAUGGAAGGAUAGCACAAGCUGAAGAAGUAUACAAAAUGGGCAUUGAAAAGGAAGCAAGACCGAUUGAACGGCUUUUUAGGAAAUUCGGGGAAUUCCAGAAACGAGCAGAACAGAGACCAAGCGGCUCUGAUGGUCCUUCUUCUCCUGCUCUUCCCAGAGUGCGGCCAGCAUUAGCUGCAAAGUUUGACCCCUUUGCAUCGUCUGCGGCAAGUCAGGAUCCUCAGGCUGAACCCCCGAGAAGCGGGCUUGGCGGCGGAACCUCGACGAGCAGGUCCCGCAGCGGUAAACCCAAGAUGGCCAUCUUUUCUGAUGCAGAUGGAGAAGCUGAAGCCACAAAAUCGGGCUCUAGUCCCGGAACAAGAGGGUGGGACAACAUUGGGUCAUUGAAAGAUCGCAGGAAAGAGAAUACCAUUGAGCCAACUCCGUGGGCUGGGCAGACAUUGAAGGCUGGGAAGAAGCCCGCGGCUACCCAGAAGAUGACUGUGUUUAAAGACGAGACUAUUAACGUUUCACGAAAUAAUAAAGAACGAGUUGACCCCCGAACUGGAAAAAUUGAACGUGUUGUUGUUAACCUUGAGGCCAUAUACCCUGAUUCUCAUAACCCAGCAGUUGAAAUGAGCCUUGAUGAGCUUAGAGCAAUUCGUCGUGGUUGGAUGAGUAAAGAUUGGUCUAAACAAAGGAAAAAGCCACUAAGGGAGAUACCUCAAAAUGAGAUCACAGUGAGAGACCCACAUAUAAAUGGAAAUGACCAUGGCCCAGAUAAACAUCUAUCCAUGGCCAUGCAAGAAAAGCUCCAAAUCUAUGAUGAGGCUGGUAGAGAUCCCAAGCUGGCAAAAGGGAAGAAAGCAAAGGUGAAAGAAAUCAAAAUGGAGACACAAAUAGUCAAAACCAAUCUUGAUUCGCCCACUGGACCAAGGAUUAAGAAGAGAGGCUCUACUGAGCCUACAAUGACAUUCCAUACUAAAGAGGCUACAGAUGAGAUAUAUGGCAUAUUUAAUCAGCCACUAAAGUCUGAGCUUCAGCUUGCCAAAGAUCUAGACAGUGUCUAUGGAAGUGACUAUGAGGAUGAUGACUGUGCUAGUAUAGGGGAAAGCACUACUACAGGGGCCAUUUCUGCCCCAGGCAGUGAUUUUGAAGAUGAUAAGACAAAUACCUUUAAAGCAAGUAGAGCUAUUAUAGGAGCAGACGGACUAAGGGACCAAACAGAGGAGGAUAUCACUAGUGCUAGUGCAUGGACUGAAUUCUCCCCUGAAGAACAUGUCCCAAGGCCCGGAACAAUGACACCAAGAGAUGAAGAGGACACUGAGAGCUCUGAUGGCCGAGAAACAAUGCCUACUCCUCGGCAAGGUGAUCGCAUCGUUCACCAGGAAGAAAAUUUUGUCCUUGUGCCACCAGAGGACUACAAUCCUCCUAGAGGCCCCUACAGAGAUUCCUUUGUGGCCGCGCAAAAUCGACUCCCUUUUAUGACACCGAUUGUUGAGCACACUGAAACCUCGCUCGCCUCGACGAUGUUCAAAAACAAGCACUACAUGAGCUCGAAAACCCCCUCCAAGAAUUCCAAGCCUCUCUUUUCAGCAUCAACUCCAGCUAUUCCAGAGAUCGAUGAUCUGAUGCUAGCAGGUCAAGACGACGCGGAAUUUGACAUGCUUGGGGACGAGUCACCUAGUAAGAUGGCUGGGAAGCUCAAGUCACCUCAGAGCAUGUUCAAGCGAGGUGGUCUUAUUGAACCUCGUGUGCUCAUAGAGGAUGUUCAGUGCAAUCCCAUUGAAACUGCCAUACGAGAUAAGAUUCUGAAGGGGCUUCAGCCUCCGUUGCGCGUCUAUCCAGGCUACAAUGACCACACAUCUCAAAUCGGUGGGAACGGAGCUGAGAUCAAGAAAUACCUAAAAGCCCUGGCAAAGCCACCCAAAGCACAUGGAAGUGAGAAGCAGUUCACCAUACCACCAAUUAUCUGCCUUUCAGGGGCAGCAAGAAGCUACGCGGUGAAGCGGGAGCUUGGGGAAGGGGGGUUUGCUCCCGUCUACCUUGCCGAAAGCAUCGAUUCUCCUGAUACAUUCUCAGACUCUGAACAGGAGAAUUUUCCUGCUAAAAGUUCUCACUGGACUGGUGGAAACGGCGCGGUUCUCAGGGAUUUAGAGCGCAAGUCUCUGGAAGCCCUGAAGGUUGAAUCUGACCCGCCAUCACCCUGGGAAUUCUAUAUGCUUGUGACUGCCAGGAACCGGAUCGAGAAUUCAUCCUACUACCGACGCGCGAAGGAUAGCAUUGUUCAAUGCCAUGAAAUACAUAUGUUCAAGGAUGAGUCAAUUCUCGUGGAAGACUACUUAAACCAAGGUACUUUGCUGGACCUCAUCAACAUCAAAACAGAGUCUACUGGCCCAGUGGCGCCCUCAGAUCAAUGCCUGGAGGAGGUAGUGAUUAUGUUCUUUGCAGCAGAGCUAUUCCGGACAAUUGAAGCCCUCCACUCCUGUGGGAUUCUCCACGGGGAUCUGAAGCCCGAUAACUGUCUGGUCCGGCUGCCUGGGCCAGCUUCCGCAUCCACAAUUCCUACCCCUCGAAGCGGUUCCCUGCUAGCUGACGAUGAAGGCUGCCGCCCUGAAGACGGAAGUACUGGGUACUCCCCAUCUGGGCUUUAUGGUUGGAAGGAGAGAGGGUUGACACUGAUAGAUUUUGGACGAGCUAUUGAUAUGCGCGUUUUCAAGCCGGAGGUUCAAUUCAUUGCUGACUGGAAGGUGGGCCAGCACGAGUGUGUUGAGAUGCGCGAGUGUCGACCAUGGACCUACCAGGCCGAUCUAUACGGUCUGGCGGGGACUAUUUACGUUAUGCUGUUUGGAAAGUACAUGGAAGUGUCCCAAGUAACUGAACGAACCAGCGACAGGCCUGUGUCUCCCAACCUUGGAAACGGGCGAGGUGUAGGAGCCCAAAAGACGUACAGAAUCAAGGAAUCGUUGAAACGAUACUGGGAGCGCGAGAUAUGGUCGGAUGUGUUUGACCUGUUGCUUAACCCUUUGAGCCCAAAGUGGGUGGAGAUUGAACGCAAUGCUCGCGAGAAGGCUUCACCCGGUGGUGGAGAUGGCGACAAGCAGCCUACCUUCCCCGUUGUCCACUCGAUGAGACUGGUGCGAGAGAAUAUGGAGGCUUGGUUGGUUGCCAACGCAGGCCGCAAGGGACUACUAGGUCACCUUGAAAACUUGGAGAACCUGAUUGCACGCAAACGGGGGAAGCGAGAUGCCUGA